AGCACACUCGCUACUGAAUGCCAGGAGACAGACGGUAUAAAUAGAGCGGCAGGCACCUGCUGGAACCACACACACUCGUGCAUCGCCGACUAAGCCAACAUGCGUGUUCUGCUCGUACUCUCAGCUUUUCUGGCUGCCAGCCACGCAGCCCCCCAGUUUGUGUUCGUCCUGCCCCAGGGCUUCCAGCAGCUAGGGCAGGAGGGCGCAGCAGCGCCCGAAAUCAAGCCUUUGAACUUUGACUUCUCGUCCGCUACCGCUGCCGCAGAGGCAGCGCCGGCCCAAGAGGCAGAAGUGGCUGCUGAUGCUGCUGCUGCUGCUGAGCUGGACGCUGAAGCUGCUGGAGUCGUAGACCCCGCCGCGGCUGCAGAAGCUGAAGUCGCCCUCGAGAUUCCCGUCGACCACGCCAGCCCAGUCGUAGAAGCUACCCCUGCCGAGGAAACCGCUCCUGCUGCUGAGGAGGUACCCGCUGAAGGCGCCCCCGCCGUGGAAGUAGCCAUCGUCGAGGAGGUCAUUCCAUACGAGAACGAAAUCAUAGCCGAAGCAAUCGUCGAGUUGGUCGAACCUGUCGUUGCAAAGGACGCCCCAGUCGAAGAACAACCUGCCGUGGCCGCCACGGGCAAAUCGUUAGUAGCAGCUGAGGAGGUUCCCGUCCCUGUCAAAGUCAGUCCCUCUCCAGCUGUCAAUCAGGUGGACCCACUGGCCAUCGUGGAUCCCAGGUACCGCCAGUUCAUCUACCAGAACGACGCGCCCGACGUCGUCGCCGCCAAAAUCGAGCUGUUCCGCAUCCACGCUGACAGGAUUCCAGUCAGCCCAGCAGCAGCCGUUACUGCGUAAACCACCUUUUUCGUUUGUUUUUCCCUUGCAGUCAAUCGAUCUUGGCAGUCAUCAGAUAGGCUAAUUAUAUUCUGUACAUAACGAUUCAUAUUGCGAGGAUUAUAGAAUUAUUUUCAUUAAUAUAUUUGGACCUUCAGGCGUUGAUCUUAAUCGGUUAAUCUCGUUUCUCAUAUUAGCAACAAUAUCAGUUCUCAGUCACAGGAACGUUAAGUUACUCUAGUCCCGGAGAAUGGAAUGGCGACGGCUUUAGAUAUGGUCUAGGAUGAAGCUGCAGUACAAAGUGGAAGUCGUAAUGUUUAUUAAUAAUACGAGUGUGUGUGUGCUGUUUUCUCUUAAGAUGUCCAUUUACUGCACAUCUUUUCCCUACGUCUCUCAUCUUCCUCUGUCAUCUCCACCGAACUCUCCUCUUCUGCCGAAGUGAGGGAGCCGUUUCAACGCUCAAUCCCCUCCUACUACUGCAAUCUAGUCUCCUCUUCUUCUGCUGUUUCCGUCAAAGUGAGGGAGCAGUUUCAGAAGCCAAUCCAGUCUAUUACUACUACUAGCCUUCUAGUCUUUUUCUCACUCUGCCCUCUUCUCAGUAGAUACUACUGCCAUAAAAACGAAAAAACCUUCUAGAGCUUCUCCUUUUUCAGAAAGGGGAUGGCUGGAAAUAACUAUUAAAUGUAAUAACAGGUCAUGAAAAACCCACGAGAAUUAAUGACGUCGCGCUGUCAUCUAUAGGUGCUCUUGCUCAAUUUUUUUUCCUUCUAAAUUUGUACUCUUCAUUAUCAUUAUUAUUAUAUUAUUACUAUUAUUAAUAUACUGCCUUUAUAUUUUCAGCUAAAAAUCAAAACAGUCUGUAAAGCGAUAAAAUACAUUUUUUCUUCAUUCUUUUAUUUCUUCGUAAUUUUUUUUUUUGCUUUCAAAGUUACUAUUUCACUAUGUCCUUAAUUCGACGGCUUAUGAAAUAAAGUUUUAAAAGAUA